AUGCUAGAGAAGAGAGUAUAUGCUGUCUUCUAUAUCAGGAGAUUGCUGGAUUUGAACCUUUGGAGACACAACAGGGUCUCUCUAAGCAUUGGUGGUCAGCCUAAUGGACCUCAAAAUCUGAAGAUUUCAGUACUGCAAUACACACUGAAGUUUCAGCAAACUAUUCGAUACAUUUCAGAAAUUGAUCUUGUGGAACCUUGCUGUGGAUCCUUCUUAGGUGGAACCAUCAUUACCAUUGUUGGUAAAGGAUUUACUGCCAACACAUCACUAUUAUCGGUCACUAUUGGAGCACAAUCAUGUGGACUCAUAAACACUACUGCUGAUCUGAUUAAGUGUCAGACGCCAUCUUUUCCCUCUUCUAACUCUGAUGAAGAAAACAUUACAGUUCCUCUAGUGGUAUCUAUCAUCAAUCCAGCCAUUGGGAUGAUCAUUUCAAAUGUAUCAAACAGCAAAGACUUUAUUUUCACUUACCACAGAAACUUUACACCAAACGUCUCAAAUCUAUCCUGGAUUAUUGAAAAUGGGAGCUUGUGGUUUUAUCUAUCAGGAUAUAACCUUUCAAACUCUGUAAUUUUCUUUGAAAAUACUCUGAAUCAAGAUAAGUAUGAAAUAAGUUAUGUAGAAUUACAGAAGAACAGUUUUAAAAUACCUCUUCGUGGGUUUGGCCCUGGAAAGUAUCAAAUAAAGGUCUGGGAUGAGGAAAUGGGAUUUGCCAGCAUCCCUUUGGAAAAUCAGACGGUGGAACUCAUACCUCGUGUGUCCUCCAUAAUACCCAGAGAAGGUCCAUUGUGUGGUGGUAUCAUUCUAACUAUUUGUGGAUAUUUUUAUAAAAUCACCAACAGUUCUGUUUUUGUAACACUAUCAAGAGGUUACAUUUGCCCCAUUCUCAGUGCUAAUGGUAGCAUAAUCCAAUGUACUCUCAAGACUCACAGCAAUUCCAACAUCUCAGUUGCUCUAGAUGUUGAUGCAACUAUCGUAAUACAUGGGGUUCCCUCAUUAUGUACUGGAAACUGUACUUUCCAUCUAGUUCCAGAACUGAGUCCUGUAAUAAAUGAAAUUCUUCCAAGACUAGAAGGGGCUUUCCCUAUUCUAUAUGUUCUUGGACAGAGGUUAGGUGGAAAGAUCCAUAUUUUGGUGGACAGUAGCUUAGAAUGCAUUGUGACCUCUUGGAAUGCAACAAUGGUAAAAUGCCAACUCAAAGAAACAAUUCCUAUUGGGAAUCAUACAGUGAUCUUUCCAUUUGCAGCAGAUGGUCUUGCAUGCCUUUCCAGUAAACCUUUUCAUUUUAUUAUAGAACCUCAGAUAACAAAAUUGUAUCCUGUGGAUUUUGGUCUCAAUGGAGGUGGUUGUUUAACAAUAGAAGGCUCAGGUCUACAAGGACUGACAUCUACUUUGGUCUUCAUUGGAAGCUUUCACCGCUGUCUGGUAACAACUGCUAAUUACACAAUGGUCCAAUGCAUUCUACCGCCAUUGACAGGAACAAUGAGAGUUAUUAUACAAGUGGAUGACUACAAUACAACUGGAGGUAUCAUACGUUUCAGCACACUGUAUACACCUAUGGUGCAUUCUCUGUUAGAGAGACAUCCCGGCUUCAAAAUUGUUGUCUCAGGCAUCAUGGCUGUGGAGAAACUUCACAUCACAGUUGAACAUUAUAACUGUACCAAUAUUACUGGGAAUACUUCAGUAGUACAAUGUGAUCUUCCUGAUCUACCAGCUGGAAUCUAUGAAGUCAUGUGUCUUGAUGGUGACAGAGGAUGGGCUACAUCAAAUAUUACCUUCCAUGUACCACUGAUCGUCACUUCGUUAAAAAAUAACAUUGAUCGCAUAGACAAUAGAAGCCUCCAUAUUUCCGGCACUGGAUUUUCUCCUGGAAACACAUCUGUUAUUAUUUGUGGAUCGCCUUGUCAGAUAUCCAGCCAUCUCGCAACACCAAAAGAUCUUUAUUGUUCAGACUGGAUGUUAAAUAGUUCAUGGAGCUUCCUGUGUGACAUGACACUAGAGUCCGGGGCACGGUGCCAUGAGAAUCGAAACACCGUCAUUAAGUGUGAUGUCACCGUACAAGUGGGAACCAUCCGUGUGACAGAAUCCCUGGCUUACCUCCAUGUGUGCCACAGGGCGUGUGAUGCUUUCUCUCUGCCAAAUAGCACUGCCAAUAUAGUCAACAUCACAGGACUUUUUAUCAGGUAUGAAGUCUUAUAGAUGGCACUACACUAAUGGUCUGAUUUAACCCUUUU